AUGUUUAGGUUUAAGAAUUCAUUAUUCGAUCCGCUCAGCUAUCUGCCGGAUGUGGAACGCGCCUGCAGGAGUCAGCGGAUUGAGAAGACUUGUGAAAAGUUUGUAAAUGAUUACUUCAACAAUGCUGUAGAUAUUCCGAACCUAGACCUUCUUCGAGCACAGGACGAUAAAUUCUCAAUGCAUCGGCUAGUUUUCCUUUUUGGAUGCGAUCGUGUAGAGAAAGAAUGUUUUGGUGAGCAGGAAGGACUAGCAGAGCAUACGCUGAACCUUGUCAGAAGUAUAUUCGCUCAUGUCUAUUUCGAGCGAGUAUUGAUGAGGGAAGUGCACUACUUUGAAGACUUCAUAGCGUUACUCGAGGGUAUCGGGCAAGCACACAUUCCUCCUCUACGGAAGGAAAUCGAACGAUUCAUAUGCAGUAAUGUAAUGUCGGUAUGUAUUUUUUUAAUUAAAAAUUAUGUGUAA